AUGGCGGACGAGAUAGAGGAUGACUUCUCGAGCAACGCAACCAAGACAAAUGGCUCAAACGGUAGCGGCGCAUCCAAAACCAAUAGCGCCACCACUGGACCGAAAGCGACGGCAGGACUCGAUCGAGGAUCUAAUGGCUCCAAUGCGAACAGAACAGGUGUGGUGCAGCCAAAACCACAGGCACUGACGAAAAGGACUGGACCAGCUAGCAUCAUCGUCUCGCCACGCCAGAAAGGCAAUCCCGUCCUGAACAACAUCAAGUCUAUGCCCUGGGAGUACGGCGACAUACCAGCCGACUAUGUUCUCGGCGCGAUGACUUGUGCCUUGUUCCUCAGUCUGAAAUACCAUCGACUCCACCCAGAAUACAUCUACACCCGCAUCCGCAACCUGCAAGGCAAGUACAAUCUCCGCAUCGUCUUAACCAUGGUCGACAUCCAAAAUCACGAGGACUCGCUCAAGGAACUCUCCAAAACAAGUCUGAUCAACAACGUGACUCUCAUCCUCUGCUGGUCAGCGGCAGAAGGCGGUCGGUACCUCGAACUCUUCAAAACAUAUGAGAACGCAGCACCUACAUCCAUCAAGCAGCAUCAAAGCACGAGCUACAGCGACCGUAUGGUCGACUUUAUCACCACGCCACGGAGUAUCAACAAAACGGAUGCCGUGAGCUUGGUAUCACAAUUCGGGACAAUACGUACGGCAGUGAAUGCGCGACAUGAAGACGUUGCGACGAUAGCAGGCUGGGGCGAGAAGAAAGUGCAGCGAUGGUGUGCUUCUGUCCGAGAACCCUUUCGGAUCAAACGGGCAGCUAGACGUAUGCUCUCCACGCAGAACACCGAGGCUAGCACGGCGGCGCUGAGUAGAGAUGCGACGAGAGCGGAAAGUGACUCGCCACGGCCUGUAGCGGCUGAAGCUGGAGGGAGUAGAGCACGCACAGUGACUCCAGGCGACGGCGAUGCGGAUCAGCGACCUCGAUCACGACUGACCAAUGAGCUACCACUUGAUGCUGCAUUUCAGGAUGACACAGAGGCUCUGGCUGAGGCGCUUACCGGACCUGCUAUACCACCGAAGAAGACAGUAGAAGCUGUGCAAGAAGUACCGCAGAAACGCAAGGCCAACGAUGACCCGCUCAAUGACGGUGUGAUGGCUGCUCUGAGCAAGUUGAGGAAGACAUGA